CAAUCAUUCGCCGAAAAAGUGAAAUCCAUACAUUUUGGUAGGAGCAGAAAUUGUUGGAAUCGGCGUAAUAGUUGAUUAAUAAGACAUCAUGCCCGUCUACGAGUUAGCAUUGAUUCUCCGACAAAUGCCCAGACCAGAGUUGAUGUCUGUUCUCAAGCGCACUGCCACAGCGAUUUUCGACAAAGGCGGAGUUAUACGUAAACUAGAAAACCUUGGAACGCGUCCGUUGCCUUUCAAAACUAGUGUCCACGGAUUGGUUCAUCGAACAGGAUCAUAUUUUAUAGUUAAAUUUGAUACUCCUCCUGCCAAAGUAGCAGAGUUAGAAGAAGAGUAUGGCCGAGAUGUUGAUAUCAUCCGAAAGCGAAUCUAUAAAGCAGACGCGACUCUGCAAGAGGAAGUAAGCUGUACUCUGCAUGAAGAGAUGCUUCCACCAGCAUAUCGAAAAGACGUACAAACUAUGGUUGCAAUCGCGAACAGAAAUAAGAAGAAAGGAUUCAAAUACAACACAGGUUUCGAUUAUUAUCCCUUCCAGAAGUAGAUGCCUAGAAGAGUAAUUUGCAAUUUUUUUUAAAUAUAUAGUAGAUGUAAAAUGAAAUAUAGAUAUAGAUUAUAGAAAUAGAUUGUUUUUAUCAUGCUCAUUUUGUUCGCCACUGUGAAUUACGUAAAUUGAAUAGCUAUUGAAAUAAUGCAAAAACGAAAAAGAAUUGGAGGUGCUCCGAAAUUCAAUUGUUACCCAUUUUAAAGUACCAUGGCAAUGU